AUGAAUAAAUAAUUUCUAGCUUUGGGCAUUGAGGGAAGUGCUAAUAAAAUUGGCAUUGGAGUAGUUACUAAAGAUGGCAGCAUACUGUCCAAUCCCAGGAGAACUUACAUAACUCCUCCAGGAACUGGGUUUGUGCCUAAAGAAACUGCAUAACAUCAUAGAAAUAAAAUAUUGGAAGUCUUGGAUGAAGCACUUAAAAUUGCUAAUGUUACAUUAGAUGAUAUCAGUCUAAUAUGUUACACUAAAGGCCCUGGCAUGGCUGGACCACUUUCGAUAGGUGCUACUGUUGCAAGAACUUUAUCUUUACUUUAUAGAAUCCCAAUAGUAGGAGUCAACCAUUGUGUUGCUCAUAUUGAAAUGGGAAGAUUAGCUACCUAAUGCCAAAACCCUGCAGUUCUUUAUGUGAGUGGAGGCAAUACUCAAGUUAUAGCAUAUUCAAAAAAUAGAUACAGAGUAUUUGGAGAAACCAUUGACAUAGCAGUGGGUAAUUGCUUAGAUCGUUUUGCCAGAUUAGUCAAUAUAAGUAAUGAUCCAGCUCCAGGGUAUAACAUAGAAUAACUUGCGAAAAAAGGCAAAAAUUAUAUCCUUGAUACUCCUUACGUUGUAAAAGGAAUGGAUAUGAGUUUUAGUGGUUUAUUAACAUUUGUGGAAGAUGUCGUUAAUACACAUCCAUAAGUUAAGUUGCCUGAAGUCGAAGGGAAUGAUCGAGCUAAAAGAAAGAGUAAAUAAACAAAACACGUCAGGAAAUGGAUUAAUCCUAUCCCUCAAGAUUUGACUACCGAAGACUUAUGCUUUACUCUCUAAGAAACCAUUUUUGCAAUGCUGACUGAAGUGACAGAAAGAGCAAUGUCUCAUUGUGAAUCUACAGAUGUCAUCAUAGUGGGAGGAGUUGGUUGUAAUGAACGCUUGUAAGAAAUGGUGUCGAUUAUGGUCAAAGAUAGAGGUGGUAAGAUAGGGGCGAUGGAUGAAAGAUAUUGCAUAGAUAAUGGAGCCAUGAUUGCUUAUACAGGCAUUUUAGAGUACUUUUCUAAUGGACCUACCAAUUUCAAAGAUACUUAUGUCACUCAAAGAUUUAGAACUGAUGAAGUCUAUGUAGGAUGGAGAAAUGAUUGA